CCACCCUCUGAGCAAUCGGCGCUGCCUUGUGAGCCGACCCUUCUCCUGAUACAAUUUUAGCGAUCUUGAUAUCUGCAGCACUCACUAUGUCUGUAAAAAUGAUAACCCCAUUUCAUAUGUCGCGACCGAGCUUAAAAUCCCGAAUAGCAAUUCUCAAUUCUCAUGCUCGACUUAUGUCCAAUCUCGCUUUUGACAAACACGAGCCCCCAGCCGGAAAAGCUGGCAAACCAAUACUCUUUUUGCACGGGUUAUUUGGAUCAAAAAAGAAUAAUAGGACAAUGAGCAGGGUUCUCGCGAGAGACCUCGGACGACCAGUUUUUGCACUGGAUUUGCGCAAUCACGGAGAAUCACCUCACAAUGCGACGCACGACUAUUUGUCAAUGGCAGGAGACGUUGUUGAAUUUAUUGAUAAACAACAGCUCCAGCAACCGACAAUCAUCGGGCAUUCAAUGGGAGCUAAAACUGCGAUGACAAUAGCUCUGAAAUCUCCGGAAAAGAUUAGCAACAUUAUAGCAGUAGAUAAUGCGCCGAUUGAUGCCGUUUUAGCAUCUGGGUUUGGAUCAUACGUGCGCGGCAUGAAGAAGAUCGAAAAUGCAAAAGUAACGCGACUUUCGGAAGCUGAUAAAAUAUUACAAGAGGUUGAAGAGUCUCUACCAAUUCGACAAUUUCUGCUCGGAAACCUUCAUAAGCCAAAAGGACAAACGACACAACAGUUUUCCAUACCGUUAGACAUAUUGGGGAAGGCUCUUGACCAUAUGGGAGAUUUUCCGUUUAAAAACCCAGACGAAGUUCGUUGCAACAAGCCCGCUCUCUUCAUCAGAGGAACGCAGAGCCGCUAUGUCCCCAACGAAGCGCUUCCAAUUAUUGGUCGCUUCUUCCCUAAGUUUCGACUCGUUGACGUAGACGCUGGCCAUUGGUUAAUAUCUGAACAACCGGAAGAAUUCCGUCGAGCGGCGGUUGAAUUUCUACGCGAUAGAGACUGAGGUACUGUUUUGUGGUCUUGGGCGUACGUAUUGGAAAAUUUAAUUCGACGUAUCAAACAGCAUUAUUCUCACGUCGAAUCAUCAUCUUUGGGUAAUUUGUACGGAACACAAAAUGGCCGGAUGUAGUAACGGAGGCUAGCAGCCGUCCCAGUAGCUUUUACAGCACUGAGUAACAGAUUGAACACCAAAUAUGCCAUAGCUAUUACGACAUUAUCUAGUUCCUAAUCAUCACAGAUAAUACGCCGUACCAUGACAUCCUACCAAAGGAAAGAGCCAGAAUGACGAGGAUGCUUUUCCCCCCUAACCUGAUCGCCAGUGGAAUAUUGCCCACAUUGAAUUCGUUUAAACCUCCUCCAAGACACGCUCCUUGAAUUCUCU